AUGAUCAGGCAGUUUAUGCUCGACAUACCACAUAUGCUUACUCGCCGAGAUGAGAAGAAUAUUUAUUUUCGUUUGGGCCAUCGGCGCAAUGGUGGCUGUCUAUCCAGUAAUGUGGCUAAUUCAGAAGUUCGGCACCAGAUCAAUUGUGACGCUUUUCGGCUUUUUCUCUGCUCUUUGUACUGCACUUAUUCCACUGUGUGCUUAUCUUGGGUUCUAUUGGAUGGUUGUAAUGCGAUUUCUGCAGGGUACAGGUCUUUCGACUGGAUUCAUUCUUAUUGGUACUGUCACUCGGCAAUGAUCCAUGCAAAAACAGAACGCAUUUUUUAUCGCUUUUCUAACAUGUUUUUUCCAGCGUUGUGUACCUCCUCUCUUGGAUGGCCAUCUGUUUAUUAUUUACAUGCCCUUGUCACCUGUAUUUUGUUUCUGAUGUUUCUCUAUUUUUACAGAGAACAACCACAAACACAUGCAUUCGUAUCUGCUAAGGAACUGGAUCGUAUCAAACGUGACAAAGGAGAAACAGACAAAAGGGAACCGCUGCCCUUGAAGGUA